UACCUCAAGGCUGAGAGGAGAAGUGGUGGGAUAAUAGCGACCCACUACUUGUCCAUUCUUAUCAACCACGAACUUGGAAAAGUUCCACUGAAUAUCAUCACCAAAAAUUCCCCAUUUCCCCCGACUUCAAGAAUUUGUACAAAGGAGCAGAGUUGUCCCCAUUCCCUUAUGAAAGAUGGGGAAUUCAGAUUUGAAGCCAGAGCAGACAAAAUCCACAAUUUUAUCAUUGCUUUCUGGUUCUUGCUUACCAAAUUGGUUACAUGGAAAUGCCAGAAUCUCCAGGCAAUUGAUUCAGCUCCGUAUAAUUGGAGUUGGUCAAGCCGCUGUCUCAAUCCCAAACAUAUUGUAAAUUUUCUCAACAUUUAUAACAUUAGCUGUGAGAGUAGUUACUGAAAAGAAUAGAAAAGAUGAAAAUAUCAAGGCUUUAAAUUAAUUAGAAGGCACAAUCAGGGAAAAAAAAAGAAGAAGUAACAAACACAGCACAGAUUAAGGAUAUCAUU